CUGUGCCAGCGCAAGAAAUUCUGGAGGCAUCUUUCUCUCUCUUCCUUCUCUGCUUUGCUUUACCAUAUCGCAGAAGAGAGAGAAAGUAGCCAUUGUCAAGUUUUCUGUCUAACCGGUAGUUUUGUUCGGGCGAUACGUUUAAUUAUUGAAGCCUGAUUGGUUUUCCCUUGGAUUGGAGCUCGUUCGAAUUGCAGUUUUGAUUCGGUUCUCCUGAGUUGCUGCUUCCGGUUUCAUGAAGAUGCUGGUGGCUAACAGUUUUGAUCUAUGGCAAAAGGAUGCUUUCUUUUCUGCAGCUGAGGAGGUGCAGGAAUCAGCUGACACAAUGGAAUCUAAAUACAGGGCAUGGAUAAGAGAGAGGAGAGAAAUGUCAGCUCCCCAGGUGUUAGACGAACUACGCAGGGAGUUGCAAACUGCUUUAGGUACUGCAAAAUGGCAGUUGGAAGAAUUUGAGAAAGCUGUCAGGUUAAGCUAUAGACAUCUUGGUGAUGACAAUACGAACAGUAGACACCAGCAAUUUAUUUCUGCCAUAGAGAGCCAAAUUUCCCAUGUUGAAGCAGCAUUGAGGGAAUCUUAUAUUGAGGAAGGUAGGCAACCUCUUGGCUGGGUUAAUCUGGACGAUGAGGAGCGAGAUGAUCUAGCUGCAUUUCUAUCUGGAACCUCUCAGACUGUAAGAAGUGCCAAGGUUGAACUAGAGAAUCAGGUCAACGGAAAAGAUAGCAAAUGUAAUGUUAAUGAUGACUGCAAUGGGAUUAUUUCUGCUGAUCAUACAGAUUCGAAGGGUAUCAUUGCCAGUGACAAGGAAGAAAAUUACGUAAUAGACAUAAAAGCAGAUGCAGUUUCUGGAAGUACUGAUGAUAUAGUUUCUCAAACAGAUAGAACCCCUUGCUCAAGGAAAACAUGGAGUUCAUCUAAUUAUGGGGCUUUAAGAGUUGUAAUUGCCGACGAAGACGAACAGAGAAAUGAAUUCAGGCAGGCUGUUGAUGCCACCCCUAAAGAAAAAGGAUCAAAACCCAUAUUUUGGAGACAAACAUGGGAAGAAUAUCCUCGUUCCAUUCAAGCAGUUCAUAUAUUCAAUCAGCUUUUGAGUCGGACUGGUUGGUUAUUGAGACAAUUUCGCAGCCCCCUACACUUGCGACAUAGUUGUUCAGUUCAAGUUAAACUUGCUCUGAUGCUGACCGUAUUUCUCAUUGACAAGAAGUGAAUGCCUCGGAAUUUUCACUUAUACGACAUGAUGCGAAGGAGAAGGUGGUAUAGACGAAGAACAAAUUACAUCAAGGUAUAAGCUGAGUUAAUUUCUGAUAAGGAAAAUGGCUAUGACAACCGCGACAAAGAUUUGAGGAUGUGAAGAGGGAAAGAUGAAGUAUAGAAGCAUAUUACCAUGGUAACAUACAAGCCAAUCCAAAAUCAUGAUUUUUCUUCGGCCUUUUUCAGUUUCGGAGUGGCGCUAAGGAUUAAACAUAUGAUGACCUUACAAAAAUUAUGGGAACUUCUUAAGAAACGAGAGUUUUCAUCAGAUAAACAAGCUAUGUACACGUUUUGAUAAAUUAGAACAUUAACAAGUCGAA